AAUUGGUCAAUAGAGUAUAUAAAGCGAAUCUGAAAUUUGGUCAGGCAAGUUGUAUCUACGACAAUACAGAGUUUGGACACUUAGCGUAUUAUCUUUUUCGAAAAGCAAAAUGAAAGCCGUAGUUAUCAUUGCACUCGUGGCCUACUUGGUCUAUGUAAGCUCUGAUGAUUCCGUUAGACUGGACUGUGAUACCAAUAUAACGGAGAACCAUACAAUGGUUCGACACCCAUGCAGCUGCACCACUUACUUCGUUUGUCUGACCGACCCACCAAUGCCCAUGGAAUGUCCUUCUGGUCUUUACUUCGAUGAAGAGAAGCAAGUUUGCAACUACAAAAUUAAAGUCAAUUGCAGACCAAAGCCAGGAUGUAGAACUGUUUAA